CGGCUUGGCGGCGGCAUCGCUGCCAGCGUCAACGUCAACGUCAGCAGCAGCAGUGGCAGCAACGGCGAGGGCUAAAAGGACAACGACUCGAAUUGGGGGAUGAAAUUUCCAAGAGCGACGCCGUCACAACACACAAACAAUGAUUUUAAUUUCGCUUUCCUUUGGCACACAUAAAUAGAGGCGGCAGGAUAUGAUGUUAGUCAUUCGCAGCAAAAACGUCGAGCCGACAGGAAGCAGCCAAAGGAGCGCUCAACGUUGCCAACGUUUCAAUUUGUUGUUAAGUUUUGCUUAGUUCUUCAACUCUUUGUUCCUCCCGUUCACUGUUCACCGAUCACCGUUCACCGAUCACCGUUCACCGAUCACCGUUCACUGUUCACCGUUCACCAUUCAUAGCUCAUCCUUAGCUGUUCCCCGUUUCCGUUUCCGUUUUCGUUUAUCGUUUCGAUCAAGUUCUUAAAGCGCGUUCAAGUUUCAGUUUAUCACCAUUUCGUUGAUACGCGGAACAGUGCAAUGGCCAGCGUCGCCAACCAUCAGUCGACAGUGUCCAACCACAGCCAGCAUCCGCAUCCGCAUCCGCACACGCACAGCAUACAGCUGCUGCACAAUGCGACAGCUGGGGGGCUGCCCCAUGGCCUUGGUCUGCUGACCACAGUGGCUUCGCUGCCGCCCAAGUAUCGCAGCCGUUAUCUGAACAUCAAAACCAAGUGUGAAAUUCCAUUGGACCUGUCCGUGAAACCGCCGUCGCCAGUGCCAAGCAGCGAUGUGCCAAUGGCGACCACAUUCACUGAGGUUCACAGCGAGCCAGCAGCAACGGCAGCCGAUGAGCUGCCACAGGAGCUCACACAGGAGGUGGAGGUUGCGCAGGAGGUCGUCGUCAUUACGGAGAAGCCCAUAACACCGCCACAAAGUCCAGCUGCCGUUGAAAUCGCAGUGGCUUCACUCAAGCGCAAGUUGAGCGAACAAAGCGAAGCUUUGCCCGCUGCCAAAUUGGCCAAAUCUGAGGUGAGUCCCGCACCCGUCGAAGCCACGCCCGCAAAGCCCAUUAAAGUCUCGGACACGGCGCCGCGCACCGGCAAAGCGACCACAGCCAGUGCCAAAUCGACGCGCAACAAAGCAACGCGCAAAUUAAAGUUCGAUGAGGAGACAAGUUCACCAGUUUCGGGCACCAUCAUUAGGCCGCUAGAGGACAUCACCGAUGGCACCAUGCAGUACAGCAAUGGCGACAUUGAUCCCAAGUACAACAUUGUCGAAAUUACUGAGGAGACCAAGGCGGAGCUGGCUGCCAUUAGGAACGUAAUUGGUGACUAUGUGUGCCGGCUGUGCCGCAUCAAGUUCGACGAUGCCUUUGGUCUGGCACGACAUCGUUGCGCCUGCAUUGUGCUGCUCGAGUAUCGCUGCCCGGAGUGUGGCAAGCAGUUCAAUUGUCCCGCCAAUUUGGCUUCACAUCGCCGCUGGCACAAGCCCAAGAAGGAGGCGGCCGCUGCCAAAAAGGAGAAUCGCAACACCAGUAAUCAACAGGUGCCAGCGCCACAAGCCAACUCCAAGAAGCCAGCCGAAGAGCUGGCCUUUGAUUGCGGCGAGUGCGGCAAGAAGUUCAAGCGGGCUGCCUAUCUGCGCAAACAUCAACAGACGCAUGUGAAGAAGGCGCAGACUGCUGGUAAACUGGAGCCGGAGCCGGAGUCGGGGCUGGAGAGGCAGCCAGAGUCAGCCAACAUUAUAACUGGCAGCUUCCAGACGGCCGUCUAUAAAUCCAAUAGCUCCAGUUCGACCAGCAGUUCGCAUUCUUACGCGGGCACUCACGACGAUGAAGGCGUCUAUGUGGCGGGCGCGGCGAGCAGCAGCCACUAUGACUACGAGGCCGACUACAUGUCCGACUGCAGCUCCUCCACCUCUUCCGCUGGCUAUGGUCGGCUCCAGAUAGUGGAGCACGGCCUGACUGAGGAGGAGAGCAUUGCAGCUGCUGCUCUCACAAAUCUGCGUAAUUGCGCCUCCGUCAUUCAGCACACGACGAUGGCGCACUGAGUAAGUGUGGAACUUGGAGCGCUUGGCACUUGUAUAAUUUGUUUAUAGUCCCGUAUUGUUAAGUUUAGUGUUUAAUUUUUCUCUUGUUUUGGGGAGAACUGCAGCUGAAACAGACCAAAGAAAUUAGUUUUUAUCAUGCGAAUUCGACUUGAAUUGAAUUUUAGUUGUACACAUUUAGUUACUAGUUGAUUUCUCAAGUAUCUAGUCAUUUAGUUUUUACCAAUGAGUUAUAAUUCUAGUCAGCUCCAAACUUCGAACGACAUUCCAGUUAUGUGUGUACUAAUCGAAACCAAAGACGGCAAACAGUCUAGUCAGCUUAGAUUUUAAUUAGUUACCUUAAAGUAUGCUUAGUAUUUAUUUCUAGUCAGUCCAAACAAAUAUUUGGAACUAGUCAGCAUCAAUAUGAUCUCAGUAAAAUGGCUAAGGUCAGAGCAGGCUAAGGCAUUUUUCGCGUAGUCAGUAAAGUUCUAGUCAUAUAGAUAAUGUCUAGUCAGAUCUUAAUCAACUAAUGGCAAUAAACUAUACCAAACAUAAAAUAUACAGACUAAGCUAUAGAGUUAGGAAAUUCCAAUCCCAGUUAUCUUUCAUAUAUCAAAAAUUCACUCUACUUUCAAAGUUCUUUCCUAAAUCUUUCCUUUCCAUCUAACAUAAUGUCACCAAAGAAAUCAUACUAAAUAUUCUUUUAUAAAAAUCAUUCGCAAUCUCCACUUGAAAACUUAUAGCAUAACAUCAUCUAUCCAUUAUUCACACACAUUUUCUUAACUUUUCUUAACUCAGAUUCUCAUUCGCAAUCAAAACUAAAGUGUUUAUAUCACGUCAUCUAUAUAAUAUGCCUCCAAAUUUUUCGCUAACUCUCAUCUAUUUUCGUAUCAUAUAUAUUUCAUAUUUAUUCGAAAUCUCCAGUUCAGUGCUUAUUUGCAAAUAUUUUCUUCAUAAUUCACCUUUUACUUCAUCAUAUAUAUUUCAUUCAGUCAUGUCAUCUCUCUACUUUUCCAUCACCUUCAUUUCAACUUUCAUCCAUAGUCUAUCAUAUUUCAUUCUUACAAUCAUCUCACAUACAUCACAAUCACAUUUAUUAUAAUAUAAUACAUAAGAUCAUACUUUCCAAUUCCACCAUUAUAACACAAAUUUAUUACAUUCUAGUCAGCAAUUUAGGCAGUCCCCUAGUCAACUUAGAAGCUAGUCAACUUUAUUUUACAACUGAUUAAAAUUUAUUCAAAUUCAUACACAGUUCUAGUUUAACUUUAGGCAAAUCAUUUAUUUACAUUUUUGAUUUUCUUUCAAAUUUCAAAAACUCAAAAUCGAAAUUCAGGCGAAAUUGUGCAGUACUAGUUUUAAGUUCAUCCAAACCAAAAAGAAAGCAAAAAAACCAACCAAAUAUCUAAACUAAGCAAUGAAAUCCAGUUUCCGUGCUGGUAACCAAAGUUGAGUGUGAACUCUAGUCAUUUUGUAGAACCCUAAGUUUUGAGGCAUUAGCUCAGCAUCAGUUUAGUUUAGUUAAGUUUAGUUUAGUUCAGUUCAGUUAGCUUAGUUAGUUAGUUCUCUUGGUUAGGCUCACCAAAACGGACACUGAACCAGCGUUUCACUACCAGUAAAAGUAUUUAAAAGAGUACAACUUAACGUGUAGACACCAUAAAUGUACAUAAAAUAGGUCUAUGGUAUAUAUUCUUGGCCAGAGGCAACAACAGAACCGGCGGUUGUGUACUUAAAAGUCAACUCUUAAUUUAUAAGCUAACAAUUCAGAGCAAUAUCACAGCGCUAUUGUUCCUUAGUCUGUAGAAUGCAAUGCAAUUGGUUGUAACCGCAGAGUACAACGAAAGUGGGAAAUCUUCGCUCAAUCUACCAUAUAGUACUAUAUAUAUAUAUACAUAUACUAGAGAUACGUAAUAUAUCACUGAUAAGCAUAUCUAACUAUUAAGUGAGAUUUUGUGAUAUUAAAAUAUUAAGCCUAAAGUUUACAACGACUUGUGCUCGAUGUUUUUGUCCGAGCAGAGUGCAUUUACAAUAACAAACGAAUUCGAUUGUGUACCAUAAUUAAGGAUAAGGAUUGAAACAAAUCUAUUUUUAUACGUAAUAUUUGUAUUUUUGAUAACAUUUUGAGAGAAUUUGUACAACUUGAUUAUAAAACUUAUUGAAUAAAAUGUGAAAAAAAAAGAAA